CGUUCCACCCGAGGCGGUUGUUGUAACAACUGGCAUCGGCGCAGCCCGUGAACACCUGGAUGUUUUUAACGGAAGAGCGCGGCGAGCGCGCAAAUAGCAUUCUUAACCCUUCAUGUGUACGCAACCUUCGACGUUACUUCUGCGGUCGGUUUUCGUUUUCCUGACGUGACAAUCGCCAAAAUUUGCCAUUCAUCAUGGCAUACAAAAGUUGUGACCAAAUUUACGAACAAAUAGUGAAAAAUAUCAGUCAAGAGGAUGAGCCAUUGAGUAAUGAUGAAGAUACCUUGAAUAACAAAAGUCUUCCUAAAGAGACGUUUGAACAGACAAGAGAAGAUGUUCCUGUUUCAAGGAAACUCAACUUUUCUGAUGUCAAUUUUUUAGACUCAGGAAAUAAGAAUAAAUCUCAACAAAGGCCUCUAACACAACUCUUGUCUGAGUAUGAAGAUACAAAUCAAGGGCUACAAACACUCUUUGAGCAUUAUCAGAGAGAACAUGUAUAUCUGAAAAAUGAGUGUUUGGCGUUGACCAAAGAAAAUGAGCGGCUUUCGAGCCGUCUCAAAAAUGAAAUGGACAGCGACAUCAAGCGCCGGGACGUUUCUGAAGAAGCUAACAUGAAACAGCAACUCCAACUGGCACUUCACGAAAAGGAUGUUGUCCUCGAUCUGUGGCGGCUAGCCGUCAGCGAAGUCUCCAAUUUGGAAAAAGUUAUCAAAAUUCUACAAGAGCAAAAGGACAUUUCAUUUAACAGCUCUUCCCACAGCAUUGAGAAUCGGCUUGAAAAGGCGCGAGCAAACAGUGUGGCUGAGUCGCAGCUAACAGAGGCGCGCUCCCUUUUGGUCAAAGAGCGGGUGCACAAGGCCGAGGUCGAAGGUGAGCUGUCCAAGGAGCGCGAGAUGCGGCAAGCGCUGAACCAACAACUGGUGCAGGCGUUGAGCCAGGUGCAAGAGCUGGAGCAAGACAAGCAUAUCCGGCUAGACGAAGAGCGACGGGUGGCGCAGAAGGUGAGCUCUCUGAAGAGGGAGAGAGAGGAGUUGCAGACAGCCCUCGACCGGCUGCAGGGUCAGCUCAAGGAGAUGCGCAUGCAGGCCGAGGAGGGCCAGGCCAAGGUUGCUGACGCGCUAAACCUCGUCGACUCGGCGUGCAUCAACCGCGAUCAGACCACAAUCGAACUUGCUAAGUCAAAAGAAGAAAUUGCGAGGCUCGAGAGUGCAUUGAAGACGCUAACUGACGAGGCGAAGCUCCAGGUGAAACGGGAAGUGGAGCAGGUGAAGCAGCAGUGCAACCUUCACGUUCAGAGCAUUCUUUCAGACAUCAAAAAGAGCCAAGAAGAGGGCACCGAGUACAAACACAAGGCGGAAAAGGCGAUGUAUUCGCAAAAGCAGGCUGAGCAGCUGGUUGAGCAAAAAGCGCAAGAAUUGAUGGCAGUGAGACUGAAGGAAUCCUCGCUGGAGCCAAAACUACAUGCUGUUCAAAUGCAGCUGAGGGAUAUGGAAAAGCGGUGCAACACGGCUGAGAAGAAAGCCUUGAUGCUGCAGCAAAACUACAGGGAGGAACAAGAGAGAUGGACAACAAAUGAAGUACGCAUCUCGGAAACAUGCAAAAUUUUGGAAAAGCAAGUGUCUUCACUGGCCUUGGAGCUGGAGCACUCAAAAGUCAGAGAGUCCAAUUUGGCCAAGGACCUGCAUCUCAGGGAUCAACAAUUCACAUGGAGGAUAUCAGAGAUGGAGAAAAGCACAAAGUCCACCAUCCAGGAAUUGAAUGCGAUUGUCAAUGCGCACCAAACAAUAAGUGAAAAGAGCCAAAUUGAAAUGCGCCAGAUGGCUGAAAAGUUUAGCAACAGGCUAAAGGAGUUGAGGUUUGAGCUUAGCCGGCUUAGGGAUGAGCGAGACGAAGCUUUGAGAGAGCUGCACAGUACUAAAUUAUCCAGGACGCACACACCGCAAAUCACUCCUAGACCAAAAUCACUGUUCAUGGACGUCUGACUAAACGUAUUUUUAUUGUUAAAGAUAAAAAAUAAAGUUGUUUCUGUAAACAAAAAAAAAA